AUGCAACAAUUCUAAAAAACUUACAAAAUAUGCUUAACAUAAUCAAUCCCUAUAUUCAUAUUUUUCGACAAGCACAAGAUAUUUUUCAGACAUCUGAAACUUCUAAUAUAUCAAUGCUAAUUCAUAAUAAUUGUAUACAAAAUUUACAUAGUUAUAGCGUAUCUACAUCAUCUGAAGUUACAGCACUUAUGAUAGGAGAUGGAUAUGACAUUGAACUAUUAAAUCGUGAUAUUUUGCUUAGAACUUAUAAAGGAG